AUGCGCCGCAACCUGGUAGCCUUCAAUUGGCGUCCCAGCCUCAGGGCUCGCGCUCUUCCACGUCAAUUCAACUCAACGAUCCGCGCCGAGUCAACCCAAGCUUCCCGUAUUGACCGCAUCACAUCAAAGCUGCCUCGGCGUUUGCAAAAAUACACUGGCGGUUUACGGAACGCGCCAGUUUCGCAUAUUGUCUCUUUUCUGAUCCUACACGAAAUCACAGCCAUAGUGCCUGUUCUAGGACUAUUCGGAUUUUUUCAUUACACGAACUACGUGCCUGUCGACUACGUGACGGGCUAUUUUCACGGCCAUGUGGAUGACGGAGUUGCUCGAUUUGAGCGGUACUUCAAACGCAAGGGUUGGUUUGGCUUUGGGCAGAACGAAGAGGGCGAGACAACAUCGAGCACAUCUACGACACACCCUGACUCGAAAUCUGAGAAAGCAAUUGAGCGCUGGCAUAGUGGAGAUGGACGUUACAAGGUCCUAGUGGAGGUUGCUCUAGCAUAUGCGAUCACGAAGGCUUUACUGCCAAUCCGAAUUAUUGGAAGCGUCUGGGCUACGCCAUGGUUCGCCGGAGUGCUCAUGAGAGCCAAAGGGGUAUUCACGCGCAAGCCUUAG